AUGCACCCGGAUUUUGGUCCGUUGACGCCAUUUGUGCGUGCAAUUGAUGGCAUGAAAGCAUAUGACCCCGGUGCUAAGUAUAUCGCGGCCGGCGGUGUCACCAGCAGCUUGAUCAUUCCCGGCAGCGCAAAUAUCAUGGGAGGCGAGGGCACACCCGUGAAGAACAUUCCCCGUUCAGGCCCGCACCACGAGUACGUAGUCGAAGACCUGCUGUUGGAACACGGCGUACCACUUGAGGAGCGUCUUCGAUAUAUGAAGAUGGCCUGCGGCGAGAACCCGAAGCGCGUCUACGGACAUACCCGUAUGGGAAAUGCAUGGAUCUUUCGGGAACAACUAUCUCGCGCGAAGGAGCUUCUUGAGAAGCAAGAUGCUUGGUGUGAAGCCGCGGUCGGUAUGUCUUCUGAAGGGGAGAAGAGGGCCUUUAUUGAGGCCAUGGGAUCAUUCCCUGUGGAGUUAAAGCUGGACUCUACAGUGGGCAUGUUGAGGGGCCGGGUUGCGUUGCACAACCACUGUUAUGAGCCGGAGGAUUUCGAGACGAUGCUGAGAAUCAGUCACGAGUUCGGAUUCCGCGUGAGGGCUUUUCAUCAUGCGAUCUCAGCAUGGCUUGUUCCUGAAAUGCUCAAAGAGUACGGCGAUAAUGUAACGAUCGCCACUUUCGCCGAAUAUGGUCUUUACAAAAGGGAGGCGUAUCAGUCUAGCCUACACGCCGGCAAGAUUCUCAGCGAUCAUGGAGUACCCGUUGCGUAUAAGUCGGAUCAUUUUGGAGAGGACAGUAACGCAAGAUGGCUCUUACUCCAGGCAGCCGUUGGGCACUCCUUCCAUCUCCCAGCUGAGAAGGCUCUACAAGCUGUGACGUCUGUUCCGGCGGCAGCCAUCGACCUCGACUACCGCAUUGGAUACCUAAGGCCCGGUUAUGACGCAGAUAUUGUGGUGUGGGAUGCCCACCCGUUGUCAAUUGGUGCAACGCCCCGUCAGGUGUAUAUCGAUGGUAUUGCUACGCUCGAUCCCGUCAAAGUGGAAGAGAGCGCUCCAAGAACUGCCCAGCGCUCCUCGCAUUCAGAACGCGGAGUUGCCAAACCUGCCAUGCGCGCUGAAGUGUCACAGGCGGAAAGGCAAGACAUUUGUGAGAAGGCUACAACCCCUGGGCGGCAAUUCAUCAUUUCGGGCAUCAAGAAGUCUUUCUUGGACAACUACCCAGAAGUUACUGUGAAAGGAGAUCACGACGAUGGCGACUUGACCUUAGUUAUUGCCGAUGGUGCUGUCACCUGCUUGAGCUACGGUGCAGGUUGUGCCCAAACUGCGUCACAGGUCACAGAGGACGCUACUCUGAUCAAUUUGACUAACGGUUAUCUAAGCCCUGGUCUUACUGCCGUGACUACGUCGCUGGGAUUGCUUGAAGUCGCGAUGGAGUCAGCAACAGGUGACGGGGUGUCGAUUCCUAUGACGAAUGUGAGGGAUCCAAGCAAUGUCAACUAUGCGAAAUACGGAGUAUCCAUAGAAGGAAAGGGGAUUGCUCGAGCACGAGUAGGCGGGGUGACGAGGGCUAUAACACCUCCAUUCACAUUCGCUGGUCUUGUUCGUGGCGUCUCGACGGGCUUCAGGACAGGAAACGACAGUAACCUGCUCAAUGGAGGCAUUUUCCAGCCUGAUGUGGCAUUGCAUAUCAACCUUGGAGAAGAGGCAAAGGCCAUCGAGGGAACUGAGAGCAGGGCCAUUUACGAACUGCGUCAACUCUUGACCACCUACAGUACGAAGGAAGACAAUAGCGCUUAUGCAUCAGUGGUUAAAGGCAACCUGCCUCUGGUAAUUCACGCUCAGAGUGUGGUAUGA